CUGACUAAGAGAAUUUUCACAUGGAAAUUAAUAAAGUUUCUGAACUAAUUAAUCAAGAGAUAUAUUCCAUAUAUAGACAGAAAGGAAACAACAUUAAAUAAUAGCGAUCAAUACCGCCAUUGACGUCAUAAAACUCACAAGUAAGUACUACAAAUUGCAACACAUAAGUUGGAGCAAUUUUACAUUUAAGUCACGCACAAGGCUCUACUGAUUUCUAAAUAAACGUCGGGUGUCGGGCUAUCACCCGCAUAUCUUGUACAUCGACACAGUAUUCGGUAGAGCAAGCGGUUCAGUUGCGCGCGCGCGCCGCGUGAAGCCUCCCGAGUCACAGCGCACCGCGCACGCGCAGUGCUCGCCACGCUCGCGCGCACGACGCCCGCGUCCGCCUCGCAUCAUAACCCGCGCACCACAACUCACUAUCAAUGUGACCUUGCUCAAAAAUGUCGUUACCCUGUCGUCCAAACAUUGGGAGGCAGUACGCGAAGUGAUAUUUCAUAAUAAUGCCGGAGUGCACGGAACAGUUCUCGUUCACUAUUCCUAUUAUACGUUAUACCAUGGACGCCGAGGACAGACCGACUGAUGCGGAGAGGCAGCAGCUCACCAAGAAAAUGUCGCUGCUGACCCCCGUCAAGAUAGAGACUCCUGACGGUGGCAGAAGUGGAAGGAGGUCAUCUGAACCUACCAAGUAUUAUAUACCGCCCCAGUGUAACAAUAGACUAUCGCCUCGUAGUGCGCGUAAACGAGACACGAGGAGAAAUUCCAAGAUGGGUGUCUGUAAAGAUGACUCUCCUCCAAAGGACAAUCUUGGACCCAAACCGUGUAAUUGUGAGGACUGCAGGGCUUCGAGUCCUUUGCCACCAGGAUACGGCCCGCAGACCAUGUCACCUGGUUACGACCAGAUGAAGAUGUCCUUGUUGGCUGUGCCGUGGACAGAGGAUUACACUGAGGCUUCGAGUGAUGAUCUCAGUUCAGAAUGGGAUUCGGAUGUUCCUGAGCCGGCACCUCCUAAGCAAUCGGAAAGAUGGCGUAAGCUCCGCAACAUAGUUCAAUGGACGCCGUUCUUCCAAACCUACAAGAAGCAGCGAUAUCCCUGGAUCCAGCUUGCUGGUCACCAAGGAAACUUCAAAGCGGGACCUGACCAAGGAACCAUCCUGAAGAAACUUUGUCCACAAGAGGAGAGGUGCUUUCAGAUGCUGAUGAAAGACGUACUAAGGCCAUAUGUACCUGAAUACAAGGGACAAGUCACAUGUGAAGAUGGAGAAUUGUAUUUACAACUACAAGACUUGCUGAGCGAUUUCGACAGUCCCUGUGUUAUGGACUGCAAAAUCGGAGUCAGAACCUAUUUGGAAGAAGAACUUGCGAAAGCUAAGGAGAAGACUAAGCUAAGAAAAGAUAUGUAUGAAAAGAUGAUCCAGAUAGACCCUAAAGCGCCAACGGAGGAAGAGCACAGGAGUAAGGGCGUCACGAAGCCAAGGUAUAUGAUCUGGAGGGAGACCAUCAGCUCUACUGCGACCCUGGGCUUCAGGAUCGAUGGAGUCAAGAAGGCUGACGGCACCAGCUCCAAAGACUUCAAGACUACGAAGUCUAGAGAACAAAUUGCAGAAGCUUUCAAAGAAUUUACGAGCAAUUGUCCUAAUGCUGCGCCCAGAUACUUAGAACGGCUGAAGAACAUCAGAGAUACCCUCAAAGAGUCACCGUUCUUCAGAAGCCACGAACUCAUCGGCAGCUCCUUACUCUUCGUCCACGACAAGAGGCGUGCCUCCGUAUGGAUGAUCGACUUCGCAAAAACCGUCCCCGUCCCAGACAAUGUCAAUAUUGACCACGACUCAGUCUGGAAAGUCGGCAACCACGAGGACGGCUAUCUCAUCGGCCUUAACAAUCUCAUCUCCAUCUUCGAAUCCCUCAUCAAAGACGACAAUGGCAACAUAGACCAGUGCUAUUCCAACGUCACUUUAGAAAAAAACGUUCGAAAAGAUAGCUUAGAUACUUGAAGUAUCACAAUUUUGAUACCUGAGAGAAAUCUCAUGAGAAUUGACUGUGCACAGUGAUGUUGUACUGUUAUGCAUUUUCAGUAGUUGCACUGAACUGUACAGAUCUGGCUUGUUUAUGCGAAGCUGAACUUGGCUAAGUUGGCAGGUUGCAGUAGAGACGUUUUCAUUAACGUGAGGAUCGAUGGCACUGAGCAGGCUCUAGUUGAGCAUCGCAAAAACAUGUCAAAUGACGCGAUAACUUUUAUCGUAACCAUUCACGACUACGUACCUAUACAUGUAAUAUUUCUUGUAAAUAAUCCAUAGUAUUACGUAUAAUUAUAUCUUAUUGUUAAGUUUAAAAUACUCAUGUUAGUUUUAGGUUUGGGCACCACCAAUAGUGUUAAUGUUUCUGUUUCAGUAAUCGAUACCUGUAUAUAUUUUAUGUAUUUAAGUUUUAUUGAGUACCUAUUUUGCUAAUUUAAACAGAUUUUGAUCAAAUGUAUGAACAAUUUUUUAUUUUCAUUGGUAAUAUUGUCUAACAAUUUAGUAUGAAAAUAAAUUCUUUUGAAAUGUCAACUGUAUAUAAAAUCAGAUUUAUUUUUUUAUUGAGUAACAGUUAUACUGAAAUCAUAAAUAGGUAUUUAUUUGUUUUUAAGUACACUAUAUUAGUGUAAUGACUAGACUUCGUUUAGUCUUUAUAGAAAUAUAAGUCUAAAUCAAUCAGCAGGUACUAAAUAAAAAUAUCUUGUCAACUA